AGGAUCCCCCUCUUACCGCAGACGGAGCCCCGCCCCAAAGGGACCCCCGGGUCCGGCAGGGACAUACAGCCACGCCCCAAAGGGCUCCCGGCAUCCCGCGUCCGGAGCCCCGCGCUGCGGAGGAACCUCUGUGCCCAGCCGGGGGCUGCCUGCCCCGCUGAGGGGGCGCCUCCCAGGACGGUCCCCCGCGCCCCUCAGGCCCGGCAGGAUGCACGCCGCCCUGGCAGGGCCGCUGCUCGCAGUCCUCCUGGCCACCGCCCGCGCCCGCCCGCAGCCCCCGGACGGAGGACAGUGCCGGCCGCCCGGAUCGCAGAGGGACCUGAACUCCUUCCUGUGGACUAUUCGGCGCAACCCCCCGGCCUAUCUGUUUGGCACCAUCCAUGUCCCCUACACCCGCGUCUGGGACUUCAUCCCAGACAACUCCAAGGCAGCCUUCCAGGCCAGCGCCCGCGUCUACUUCGAGCUGGACCUGACCGACCCCUACACGAUCUCAGCACUGGCCAGCUGCCAGCUGCUGCCGCAUGGGGAGAACCUGCAGGACGUGCUGCCCCGCGAGCUCUACUGGCGUCUGAAGCGCCACCUGGACUACGUGAAACUGAUGAUGCCAUCAUGGAUGACACCCGCGCAACGGGGCAAGGGGCUCUAUGCCGACUACCUAUUCAAUGCCAUCGCGGGCAACUGGGAGCGCAAGAGGCCGGUGUGGGUGAUGCUCAUGGUGAACUCGCUCACGGAGACCGACGUUCGCUCCCGUGGCGUGCCAGUGCUUGACCUUUACCUAGCCCAGCAGGCUGAGAAGAUGAAGAAGAGCACCGGGGCUGUGGAGCGCGUGGAGGAGCAAUGCCAUCCGCUCAAUGGGCUCAACUUCUCCCAGGUGCUGUUCGCCCUGAACCAGACUCUGCUGCAGCACGAGAGCGUGCGGGCUGGGAGCCUGCAGGCGCCCUACACCACCGAGGACCUCAUCAAGCACUACAACUGUGGGGACCUCAACGCCGUCAUCUUCAACCACGACACCUCCCAGCUGCCCAACUUUAUCAACACCACCCUCCCGCCGCACGAGCAGGUCACAGCCCAGGAGAUUGACAGCUACUUCCGCCAGGAGCUCAUCUACAAGAGGAAUGAGCGCAUGGGGAAGAGGGUCAUGACGCUUCUGCAGGAGAAUGAAGACAAGAUCUGCUUCUUUGCCUUCGGAGCAGGUCACUUUCUGGGGAACAACACAGUCAUCGAUGUCCUUCGGCAGGCAGGGCUGGAGGUGGAACACACGCCCGCGGGGCAGACCAUCCAUAGCCCUGUCGCCGGGAGCCCUGCACCUCCACCCGCGGGGACCUCAGCAAGCCCCGCCCCAGCGACCCCAGCUGCUGCAGUGCCCGCAGCCCCCUCAGCGCCCCCCACCGCCCCACCGGAGGAGGAGGACCCAGCGCUGUCCCCACACCUGCUGCUCCCCGACAGCCUCAGCCAGCUGGAGGAGUUUGGGCGGCAGAAAAAGUGGCUCAAGCGGCAGAACAAACACCAGCGGCCGAGGCAGUUCAGUGACCUCUGGGUGCGCAUCGAGGACAGCACCACAGCCUCGCCACCCCCACAGCCCUUCCAGACCACGCACAGCUCCGGGACCGCCAAGCCCCUCUUCCAGCUCUCCGACCCACUCCAGCAGCAGGAAGAGCCAGCACCCGCCAGUAGCUCAGCGCCCGGCCGCUCCCCGGCCGCCCUGGGCCUAGUCCUCACCAUUGCUGCCAGCAUAGUAGCCUCCUUCCUGCUGCACACCCUCGGACCCUCCUGACCUCGGCCGCAUGCCUGCCCGGAGCAGAGAAAGAAGCCAGAGAAACCGACGGGAAGGUCUGCAGCCGCACCCACUGCCCCUGCCACCCUCCAGGGGUGCUCGACACCUCUCGGGCAGUCCAGAUGGGAUCCGUUAAAACACUAGAGCUUUAUUGUAUCUGACUUACAUCUUCUUUUUUGUAGAAGGAUCUUAAUUUCCCAUAGUGCUAUGGGGCUCUUUUGUAAAAUAUGUGUCCAUAUUAAAAAAGAAAAAUGUAUUUAUUCUACUGAUAAAACUAUUUUUAUGUGGCCGAUGUUAAUAACUAGCCCCACCGCCAACCCAGGAGGUGAACCCAGGUUGCCAGGACAACUGCGACCUUGCAGGGACCGUGGCUUUGAACUGGCUAGCUCCUGGAUCAGUGGAGUCCUCCAGCGUGCCGGUUUGGCUUCUCCCGCCGUGGGGUCCUCAGAGGGAGAGGCAGGCAGACAGGCUUAGCUUUUGUGAAACUGGACUUGGGAGCCAGAGAUGUGAACGCUGACGGUCCUUCCUUCCCCUGGAUGCAUCCUGGGGCUGGGAAGGUACUUUAGGAAAGAGAAUGCUGCUAUUUUGAAAACCCUGAGUGUCUGUGAACUGACCCUCCAGAACUCUUGGUAAGUGUUCCGACCAAAGCACUGGGGAGGGGGAAGGGCUCUUGGUGCUGAGGGAGGUGGUCCCCCCAGCCCCAAGUGACAGAUGGUUAAACUGAGAUGGUUAAACUCACCAAAGAGAAGAAGGUGGUUGCCCAAGGUCACAAAGCAAGUGGGAGAUCUGUAGUGUGAGUCUAGACCCCCCUGUUCUGGCUGGUAUCAUUAAUCCAUCUCAGCUUACAGGAGAGGCUGCUGAAGUCAUGACCAAAUGGAGUGAGCUGAGCCAAAGGACAGGAGCACAGAAGGGCAGUUUUAGAGACGGGGUCUCUAGGAAUUCCAUGGUAAUGAUACUUGUAAUGAGAGCUGCCAUUAGUUCAAAGUCUGGCAGGCAUUUUGCACACUCACUUUAUCACAGAUCCUCACGCCAGUUCUGUGAGAUGUGAUUGUCCCCAUUUCGCAGAUGAGGAAACUGAGCCCCUGUUCGAGAUAAAGGGACUUGUUCAGUGUGCCCCAGCCAGCACCUGGCCCUAGAUCAGGGUGACUCAAAAGCAACACUUGUCUCUCAGACUAUGUCUGUCAGGUUCUCUGUGCAGAGGAAAGUUCCAAGGGAGGCAGAUCUCACCCAAAUGGGCCAGCACACGCUUCUUACUGCAGCCAAAGAGACCGCUUGGCUACAGUCAUCAUUGGUCCCUCCAGCCAAAGGGCUCUGGCAGCAGGCUCUGCCACAUGUCCCGUGCCCCAGCUUGUCUUAUCCUGGAGCCAAUGAGAGGCUUUCCUGCCAAAUCAGAGAGGCUGGAGUAUAGUUGUGAUGGGCCUGAAGAGACAGAGCAGCCAAAUGGGGGCAGGCAGGUCACCGAGACUCAGAGAAACUGACCAGCUCCUCUGUCCCCAGGGUGACAGCCAAGAAGACAGAGGGCCCAGGUUGGCUGCGUCCCAGCCCUGAACCCUCACUGGGCUGGCAGCUCAUUAGUUACAGAGUCCUGGAAUGCAAGAGCAGAAAGGGCCCUCAUUUGACAGAAAAGAACAGUGAGAAGAUAGGCCCAGAGAGGUGAGGUACUUUCCCAAGGCUGCACAGCUGGGCAGGCCUGCUGACCCCCAGCUGGCUCAGGGCUCCUCAGUGACACCACACCAUGGGCUUCCCUCGCAGGCCUGGCAGUGUCUGAUUAGCGUCAGUGCCAUUGUGCCCAGCUUGGCAGCUGCCUCCCGUCUGAGACAGUAGAAUUCUGGGCAACUCAUUGGAUGGUCAGAAGUCCCAGGGGCAUCUUGGCAGGCAGCUGAAUUCUUUUCAGUUCUGACCCAAAUGAAUAUGUUUGAACUUGAGACCUGGCAGGAGCCCUGAGCUCUGCUUCACAGGGUCCAGCCAGACCCGUGGGUACCACACUGUAAACUGAACUUGACCCCGGCCAAGGCUGGAGUCCAUUUAUCCUUGGCAGAAAUGUGACUUCCUAUUUCUGAGCCGGAAGGGGCUUAGCUGACUUUUAAGCAGGCUCAGAAGGCCUGUAGGACAUCAAAUAGAUGGCGCGGAGUGCUAUUUGGAUGAGAUAAGUGUAAAGGAAUUAGAAACACAGAGGCCAGAUUUCCCUCUGUUCAGGGCAGAGUGUGGCAUGAGAUGUAUUGAGAUGGAGCCCGAGGUUAAUUAAAGAUGAAGCAUUUGGUAAACAGUCCAAGCACCUGACCGCAUGCCCAGAUCUGUGCCAGGCAUGGGGCCAAAGAGGUAAAUUAAUGCAGUGUGUGAUUAUCAAACACUCACAGUGCCAUGCUCUGCGCUGGGGCCAAAUCUAGCCGCCUUUCUUGGCCUAGAGGAGUUCAUCAUCAAGAGACAACAAGCAGCCCAAUCCCAGGUUCUUAGAAGGAACUUUACAGGUUCCCCAGAUCCCUCCUCUGAGCAGGUUGGGAGACCCCAAGCUCUCCCUCCACUAAGUACUCAAGUGUUUAAAGAAAGCCACAUGGGCAGCAGACGGAUGGGCCGCCUGAUCAGGUAGACACAUGCUGACGGGACAGCCGGAGCCAGCGUGAGUUAGACAUCUGCAGCCCACAUCCACUGGUCCCUGAGGAACCACCCACUGGCCAGGAUUUGAAACUUACAUCCCUCAAGUCCCUGCAAGCAGUAGAGAACUUGCUGACUUAUACCCUCAAAGACCAGAGGCAUAUGGACAGAAAUCUGCACAGCUGGGGCGUUUGAAUUCUCUCUUCCCAGGCCAGGGAACCAUCAUUCCAUCUGCAGUCACUCACGUGAUUUAGAAUAAUCCACCCACCACUGCUGACAUUUUUUUCCGGCAUAUGAUAUGUGCCUCUCCUCACAAAAUGCCCUUGUUUCUCUGAGAGCAUUGUUAAGAUCCUAAAUCCUUGGCUUAGGACUCUUACCUUUGACUUUGAGGCAGGCGGAGGAGAUCAAGGACUGAGAGCCAGCAUGUUCCUGGUGGCCCUGGGUCCUGUCCACCAGAACAGCUGAGUGAAUGACCAAGGGGCUUUCUAGGUCAGGUCAGCAUGGCCCUGUCUCCUGAUCUCCCUCCAGGCUGUUCUGAGCACCAGCAGUCCCGUGAAGGCAGGGACCAUGAAGGCAUACAAGUCAAGCUGCAGGAAGCUCAAAGGGCCACCAAGGGCCCCACCAGCUCUGAGAGUCAAAGAUCUGGAGUCCAUGAAGCGUAGCCAGACUGAAGCAUAUUUGUCCUUCCCAGGACAGACAGGCUGUUUCACACAUGCUGUUUCCCAGGCCUGGAAAUGCCUUUCUUUGACCCCUAACUGCUCAUCCUUUGAGGAGCAACUCAGCACGUCCCCCAGGAAGCCCUCUGCACUGACUGUCUCUGCUCCCCUAUCAUACUGUGAGCUCCUCAGUGGCAAGGUCUUGUGAAUUCAUCCCUGUGUCCUCACUGGACACAAAAAUGCCACCCAAGAGAUGUGUAGAGAAGGACAGAGGAAGAAAGGAGUGAAUGAAGGAAGGGAAGGAGAGAGGCAGACCUGAGUUCUGCUGGUGGAAGGGUCUCCGCAAAGCCAAAGCUGUCGUGAGAUGGCAGGUGUCCCUAGAAGCGGUGAGUGUCCCGUCAGGAGCGGUGUGUGCGCAGGGGCAGUGGGCCUACUGGCUGGAGAUGUGGUAGGAGAGUGGAAGUCUUGGCAAGGCAGUGGGGUAGGGUCCCUCCUGGCUCUUUAAUACUCAGGUUCUUUGAACAUUGUUAUUUUUCCAAAAAUUCAUCUAAGCAGCCAAAACAAUCACCCGGUCUGGCUCUCUCAACCAGUAAGUUUCAGAAAUCAGUCCAGCCUCACUCCCCCCACCCUCCACCCCCAUUCUUCAACAGCCCAGCCGGGCCUGACGCGAAUUGGCACUCUUGUCUGCUGCCCUGGGGCAGGGGGACUUCUGGGCAGUGGGGCAAGGCUGAACCGGAACCCAGGCCCCUGCUCCCAGCCCAGAAUUCCUUCCCUCCCUGCCCCCCACCCCCAACACUGGGGGAGAGAAAAGGGGAGGCCUGAGAACCGCCUGAGCCUUGCCUGGCCCUUUCCCAGGAGCAUCAGCACACCCCAAGCUCUCCCUCAUGUGUGUGUGUUCAGUCAUGUCCGGCUCUCUGCAACCCUUUGGACUGUGGCCCACCAGGUUCGUCUGUUCCUGAGAUUUUCCAGGCAGGAAUACUGGAGUGGGUUGCCAUUUCCUCCUCCAGGGGCUGUUCCUGACCCAGAGAUCGAACCCAUGUCCCCUGCGUCUCCUGUAUUACUGGCAGACUCUUUACAGAUGAGCCACUGAGGAAGCCUCUCAGCUCUCCCUGCUCUUUCUCCAAGUGUAGGCUUUUCCUUGCCAGAGAUAGCCUAGAUACUCCUUCACUUUGCUGAGUGACCUUGGGCAAGCCCCUGCCCCUCUCUGAGCCUCCAUCUCCUUAUCUGUCAAAUGGAGACUUUGUUUCCUGCUUGGGAGAUGCCAUGUGCAAUCUUGGGGCUCCACAAAGGUGAGGCAUUCCCCGCUCCCCAGCCCUGUGCUCAGCUUUCCUCCCAGCACCUGAGGGCUGCCAUGGGAUCAGGAGCACGUGGCAGGCAAGGAAGGUGACAGAGUAGCGUGCCUUGAAGGGCCCCUCCAUCCCAAGUCCCACUGCGGGAAAGUGGACUUUUGACUCUCAGUCUAAGAAGUUUCUGGCGGGGCUCUCAGCCAUCUUGGGCCCCCAGUGGCUGGGGCGGCAGGGGCUGACUCUUGGUCAAGGAAUGUUCUAGCCCAGAGCAAGGGAAGCCAGAGCCCCUGUACCAUUCCUGGGCCUCAGAGAGAUUGCAGGACAUCCCGGCUCGACUCUCACUGUGUGACACAGCUUCAGAUCUUAAUGUAUUGGAAAGGUAUUCCUGAUGUUGUGCUUUUAAUCACCUCUUCCUCUCACCUCUGUGAAUUAUCCUGAAAAGUUCUUUAAGAAUAUAAUAGAAGACAAAGAAAGAUGCUAUUAAUGUUAUUUUGCCAAGAAUAUUUUUGUAGCAUAAUAUAUUAAUAAAAGAUAUGAUGACUUCCA